UUCAAAACAUUUAUAAAAAAAAUAAAAAUAAAAAAUAAAAAAAAAGAGAUAGAAUUAUUAAGUUUUUAAAGCAUAAAUUAAACGAAUUGAAAUUUUGAUAACUCGUUUCCGAAUAUUUAUGGAAAUUGAAAACACGAAAACAUUAACCGACUACUACUUACGCUUAACACAAUCGAUUCUCCAGCUUUUCUUCUUAUUUUGAACUAAAGAAACCGUAACAGUAGUGAAACAGUGAACAGGUUGGAUUCGAAAAUCCUGUUGCCGUUGAAAAAGGACUCUCAGUGCUAAAAGUUAUUCUAAACACUAGAAUAAAAUAAAAACAAAAAGUAAACAUCUUUUAUAUAUUUUCUAUAAGACUCUCAUAGAUAUCCAGAAUUUUUUCUUUCUGUAAAGAAACUAUCAUAAGGAUAACAAAUAUUGUUUUUUUGGUUUUUUUUUUUUUUUUUCUGAGAACAAGCAAAAGCUUUACAAAGACAUAAAAGGAUUGAAUUAUGGUGGCCGGUUUUGAACAGCGACCUUGGACUCCAACUGUAAGACGUGGCCAAAUUGCAGCUGAAACCCAAACACCGGGACCAGCAUCAGUAGCGUUGCCUGGUUUAUUAGGGUCCAAAGUAACCGACUCCCGCAAAUUGGCCGCUCCUUCUUUCACUUUCGGGCAAAAACAUCGCUUUGCAACUGAGACAUUGGGCGAAGGUCCAGCCAAAUACAAUAUUACCGGGUUAGGUAAUAAAGGUAAAGAUACACCGCCAGCGUCCAGUUUACAAAGUCGUCCCAAAGCAAUGUCGAAAUUUUCAACACCAGCACCAGGUGAAUACAACGUGGAGAGAGCCACCAAGACCAUCAAUCAAACGGCGCCAAAAUAUACAUUCGGUCAGAAAUUGGCUACGGAGAAAUUAGAUUCAACACCAGGUCCAAAUCAUUAUCGAGUUGUACCGCUCGAUUUAAUAAAACCGCGAGCUCCUCAAUACACAUUUCGCAUUAAAUUUAAUGUUAUUCUAAUCAGUACACCAGCGCCCAAUACAUAUUAUCCUGAACGGGUAUCGUUAGUGAAAACGAACUCACCAUGCUACACAUUUGGUAGGCGUAAACAAAUUAACUGCGAUAACAAACCACCAGCAGCACCUGGUUGCUAUAGCCCUGAAAAAACCAAUACACACUCUACACACGCUUAUUCCAUAGCCGGCAAAAGUACGCAUGAUGUUGUUGAUUGCACGCCAGCUCCUUGUGCUUAUGAGCCGGAAAAAUGUAAAUUGGACAAAACGCCCGCCUUCACAAUCAGUGGUCGUCAUGUGGUUCAAACAACCAACAAUACUCCUGCUCCCGGUACGUACGCUCCUGAAAAUUGCCGUUUAGAUCAUGUUCCUGCUUUCAGCAUUAAAGGCAGACAUCCAGUAAAAAAAAUAAACGAAAGUCCUGCCCCUUGUGCCUAUUCCCCGGAAAAAGUGAAACUUGAUCACACACCGGCCUACACGAUAGUGGGACGUCACGAUGUACAGAAGAUUAAUGAAACACCGGCACCAGGCUCUUAUGCUCCCGAAAAAUGUAAGAUAGGAAAAGCGCCAGCUUUCAGUAUAGCAGGAAGGCCUGAGGUACGUAGAACAUCCAACACACCGGCACCCUGUGACUACGCUCCUGAGAAGGUGCGCCUUUAUCAUACGCCCGCAUUCACUAUCGCCGGCAAACAAGAGACCAAAAUGAAAAGUGUUACUCCUGCUCCUGGUGCAUAUGCCCCAGAAAAAUGCAAGUUAAAUCAGACGCCUGCGUACUCUAUUUCCGGUCGCCACGAUUCGAAAUUGAUUAGUGAUACUCCCGCUCCAGGCGCUUAUUGCCCAGAGAAAGUGCGUUUGGAUCAUACACCAGCCUACACAAUGGCCGGCAAACAUCAACCGAAGUAUCACAUAGACUCUCCAGCACCCGGUGAUUAUGCCCCCGAAAAAGUUCGCCUUGAUCAUACACCAGCUUACACCAUGUCGGGACGUCAUAAUGUGGAAAAAUGUAGUGAUACUCCUGCACCGGGAGCAUAUGCACCCGAGAAGGUUCGGCUAGAUCACGUUCCUUCCUACUCAAUAUCGGGACGACAUAGCCAUCAAAAGCUAGAUGAGAGUCCCGGACCGGGAGCAUAUUAUGCUGAAAAGGUAUGUUUAGAUCGUACGCCGGCCUAUUCAAUGGGUGGCCGUCAUGAUCUUGAAAAAUUUAGUGAUACUCCCGCUCCCGGAGCUUAUUCUCCCGAAAAAUGUCGUUUAGACCAUACGCCUGCGUAUGCAAUAACUGGAAAACAUGAUCUGAAAAUACGGAACGAAACUCCUGCUCCAAGUGCUUAUGCUCCUGAGAAAUGUAAACUGGACGGAGCGCCAGCAUUUUCAUUUGGGGGCCGACAUAAUUUACAGAAAGCUAAUGAUACUCCGGCACCAGGCGAUUAUUAUCCAGAGAAAGUCCGCCUAGAUAGCACCCCAGCUUACACAAUGGCCGGUAAGCAUGAUUCUAAAAAAGUCAAUGAUACACCGGCGCCGGGCGAUUACGCUCCAGAGAAAUGUAAACUCAAUUUGACACCCGCGUUUACCAUGAAAGGUAGACACGAUAUUGAAAAACCUAGCGAUACACCUGCUCCAGGUGCCUAUAGUCCGGAAAAAGUUCGUUUAGAUCAUACGCCUGCAUAUACUAUGGCUGGCAAACACAGUUUAAAAAUUCCGAAUGAUACGCCAGCUCCUGGAGAUUAUGCUCCCGAGAAAUGUAAAUUAAAUGGUUCUCCUGCGUACACUAUUAAGAGCAGACACGAUCUUCAAAAGCUCAGUGAGACACCUGCACCUGAUGCCUAUUAUCCAGAAAAAGUCCGCUUAGAUCACAUUCCAGCUUAUACAAUGGCCGGGCGUCAUAAUCUUCAAAAAGUUUCUGAUACUCCAGCUCCGGGCGAUUAUUGCCCAGAGAAAAUACGUUUAGACCACACCCCGGCCUACACCAUAGCUGGUAAACAUAAUCCCAAAUAUGAGAUCACCACUCCAGCACCCGGCGAUUAUGCCCCAGAGAAAUGCAAACUUGAUGGAGCCCCUGCAUUCUCUAUUAAAGGUAGGCACAAUUUUGAAAAACCAAACGAUACACCUGCUCCGGGAACUUAUUGCCCGGAGAAAGUACGUUUGGAUCAUACUCCAGCGUAUACUCUAGCUGGAAAACAUAAUCCAAAAUACGAAAUCAAUACGCCAGCGCCAGGAGAUUAUGCUCCCGAAAAAGUGCGUUUAGAUCAUUCACCUGCCUACACAAUUGUCGGACGGAAGAAGGACAAAGUUAUCAGUGACACUCCCGCACCAGGCUCCUAUAGUCCAGAGAAAGUGAAGUUAGAUCAUAGUCCAGCCUAUACCAUCACAGGACGCAUAUUGAAAGAAUAUGUGGAAAAUACUCCUGCGCCUGGAGAUUACAAACCGGAGAAUUGUGAUUUAAAAACUCAUACGCCUGGCUUUACAUUUGGUAUGAAAUUGAAGAAGGAAACGAUCAGUGAUACACCAGCACCCACUGCUUAUGAACCUGAAAAGCACCCUCUCGACCAUAAACCUGCUUACACUUUUGGCACCAAAAGCAUUGUAAAAGUGAUAAGUGAAGCACCAGCUCCUGGUUAUUAUCAUCCCGAAAACUAUAAACCCGAUCAUACUCCUGCCUAUACAUUUGGUCUUAAAACUCCAAUCAUGCCAAUCAUGCCAGUUGGACCUUAUGUAGAAGAUCGAAUCUUGCAAAGACGCGAAAAGCGUUUAGCAAGUCCUGUGCGUACGAAUUUGGUUAUACUUGAGAAUGCAAGUACGCAGCAACAACAAUUAAUACAGCAACAAUUGCAAACGCAGCAAUUAGAACAAAAAGAAAGCACCACCACAAAAACAACCACAAUUACUGAAACUCAUUCGGCAAAUCUUGCGCAUAAUGAAAAUGUAGUGAAAUCGUCAAAUAAACCAAUUAAUCUAAACGAAAAUGUUAGUAGCUUGAGCACCUCAGUAGAUGGUAGAAAAUCUCGUUCACCGAAGCCUAGCAAACGCACGAUUAUUAGCACUAGAGGCAGCGAUGCUCAGAUUUCCCAGCAAAUGCAACAAAUUAAUGGCAUAGACGGUGAGACCGGUAAUAUAAUUACGACAACGAUUCAGGCUGCAACCAACGGCUACAAGGAUGAUGGUACUGUUAAGGUCCAAGCUAAAGGUAGUGCCAAUCGUCAAGAAACGAAAGCAGAUAGUUCUUCGAAAAAAACUCACGUAACUGCGGACGGCGCCGCUGUGACUACGGUGAAAUCUUCGAAAAGUUCAAAGGUUAAAUACGCUGUAGAAGCCAGUACAGUACGAGAAGAAAUAAUCAGCUCCGAAUGUCUAUAAAAUUCCUACAGUUUUGGGUAUCAGCAAAGAGGGUACAAUACGGUCUGCUCCUGCCUACACUAUGGCCGGUCGACAGAAGCCGCCAC